GCGGGGUGAGAGCCCGGAAGUUGGGUCCCAUCAACGCCUGGUGGAUCACCGGCUUCGACGGCGGCGAGAAGGCGCUGAUCGGCUUCAGCACAGCCUUUGCCGAUUACAUCCUGAUGGAGCCCAGCCCCGAGUACGCGGCCACGUUCGCGCUGAUGCAGGAGAAGAUCUACAUGAGCAAGAUCGUGGUGGAGUUCCUGCAGAACAACCGCGACGUCACCUACGAGGACCUGCUCAACAGGAUCGAGACCACGGUGCCGCCGGCCGGGCUCAACUUCAACCGUUUCACGGAGGACUCGCUGCUGCGGCACGCGCAGUUCGUGGUGGAGCAGGUGGAGAGCUACGACGAGGCCGGCGACAGCGACGAGCCCCCGGUGCUCAUCACGCCCUGCAUGAGGGACCUCAUCAAGCUGGCCGGGGUCACCUUGGGCAAGAGGCGAGCCGUGCGGCGCCAGGCCAUCCGGCACCCGACGCGCAUCGACAAGGACAAGGGUCCCACCAAGGCCACCACCACCAAGCUGGUGUACCUCAUCUUCGACACCUUCUUCUCGGAGCAGAUCGAGAAGGACGAGCGCGAGGAGGACAAGGAGAACGCCACCAAGCGCCGGCGCUGCGGCGUCUGCGAGGUGUGCCAGCAGCCCGAGUGUGGCAAGUGCAAGGCGUGCCAGAACAUGGUCAAGUUUGGUGGCAGCGGUCGCAGCAAGCAGGCGUGUCUGCAGAGGAGGUGUCCCAACCUGGCGGUGCGGGAGGCGGACGAGGAUGAGGAGGUCGAUGACAACAUCCCCGAGAUGCCCUCGCCCAAGAAGAUGCUCCAGGGCCGCAAGAAGAAGCAGAACAAGAGCAGGAUCUGCUGGGUGGGGGAGCCCAUCAAGAGCGACGGCAAGAAGGAUUUCUACCAACGCGUCUGCAUCGACUCCGAGACGCUGGAGGUCGGAGACUGCGUGUCCGUGAGCCCCGACGACCCCAGCAAGCCCCUCUACCUGGCCAGGGUGACGGCCAUGUGGGAGGACAGCAGUGGCCAGAUGUUCCACGCCCACUGGUUCUGCCCGGGCUCGGACACCGUCCUGGGGGCCACCUCGGACCCUCUGGAGCUGUUCCUGGUGGACGAGUGCGAGGACAUGCAGCUCUCCUACAUCCACGGCAAGGUCAACGUCAUCUACAAGGCGCCCUCGGACAACUGGGCCAUGGAGGUGGGGACAGGAGGUGGGGACAUGGUGGGGACGUGGUGGGGACAGGAGAUGGUGGGGACAUGGUGGGACAUGGUGGGGACAGGAG